AUGUUAACUAAAGAGCAAAUUUCAGAGUUGUCUGAGAAAUUUCCCUCAAUUUCACAGGAAGGGGGAGGUAGCAUUUUGUAUGACAAUGUAAAAGAUGCCCUAAAAUUACUUGGUAUUGAUUUACCAGGAUACCAGUUGCGUGAUGUUAUUCAGAAGCCUAGUGGAAGUGACUCAAUUACAUUUGGUGAGUUUUGUAGUGUUUAUUCGAAUCUAGCUGGUCAAAAGAAUUCUUUUGCCAGUUCAUGGAAAGUUGGAAUAAAUUCUGCUCAAGGAUCUUACAAAGUUCAAGGUUUGGCUAAUCAUGGAGCUGAUGAAAUUGUUCACACAAUUAGAGUUGAAGAAGAGGUUGCAUUUUCAAAUUGGAUUAAUAGUCAUUUAUCUGAAGAUUCUGACCUUAAAAAGUAUCUUCCUGUAAAUGCUGAGACUCAUGAAUUGUACCAAAAACUUGAUGACGGACUUAUCUUAUGCAAAUUGAUUAAUCUCGCUGUCCCUGAAACAAUUGAUGAACGUGUAAUUAAUAAGAAGAAUCUUAAUACAUAUUCAAAACUUGAGAAUCUUACACUUUCAUUAAUGUCUGCUCAGGCUAUUGGAUGUAACAUUGUCAAUAUUGAUGCUGAUGAUCUUAGUAAGGGGCGCCAACAUCUUGUACUAGGGCUUCUGUGGCAAAUAAUUCGUAUAGGAUUAUUUAAUCAAAUUGAUCUUGUUCAUGUACCUGGUUUGUUCAGACUUCUAAAUGAAGGAGAAAAUACUGAUGAUUUGAGAAAACUAUCUAAGGAAGAUAUUCUCAUGCGUUGGGUGAAUUAUCAUCUUAAGAAAGCAGGAUGUAAUAGACAAUUAAAGAACUUUACAUCAGAUGUUGUUGAUUCUGAAAUUUAUACACAUCUUCUUCAACAAGUAGCACCACCAGAUUCUGGUGUUAAUCUUAGUCCACUUAAAGUUAGUGGUAAUUUGCAAAGAGCUACAGCCAUGCUUCAGCAAGCAGAUAAGAUUAAUUGCCGUGAAUUUGUCACACCAAAUGAUGUUUGCAAUGGAAUUUACAAUCUUAACUUAGCUUUCCUUGCCAAUCUUUUUAAUAAGUAUCCAAAUCUUCCUGAACUAGAUGUUGAAGAGACAGAACAAUUUAAUGAUAUUGAUGGAGAGACAAGAGAAGAAAAAACUUAUAGAAAUUGGAUGAAUAGUAUGGGUGUUAAACCAUUUGUUAAUUGGUUAUAUGGAGAUCUUCAAGAUGGUUUAAUUAUAUUUCAAUUAUACGAUGUCAUCAAACCUGGUAUUGUUAAUUGGAAGAAUGUUGUUACAACAUUCCGUAAAUUACAAAUGUUGAUGGAUAAAAUUUCAAACUGCAAUUACGCUGUUCAAUUAGGGGUUCAGCUACGUUUUAGUUUAGUUGGUAUACAAGGAAAGGAUUUAUACGAUGGUAAUAGAACUUUAACAUUAGCUUUGGUUUGGCAACUUAUGAGAGCAUACACUCUUACUAUCUUAUCACAAUGCACCAACAAAAAUGAUGGAACAUUAGUCACUGAUAAAGAAAUAAUUGCUUGGGUUAAUGAAAAAUUAGCUAGUUCUGGAAAAAAAACAUCCAUAAAAAGUUUUCAAGAUCCUUCAAUUUCAGAUGGCACAGUUGUCAUUGAUCUUAUUGAUGCUAUAUCUCCUGGAACUAUUAAUUACGAUAUGGUUAAAAGUGGUGGAGAAUCAGCCAAAAUUGCCAAUGCCAACACGAAAGUUAUGUCUUCUUGUGGUAGUAUGGCUUUAAGAAAAUUGUUGUUGACGCCUUCAACAUGGGAUAAGACUUCUGUUGUUUCUAUACAUAUCAGUCCAAUCGCUAAUAAAGGUCGUGCUCGUAUUCCAUUUUAUAACAAACAUAUGAAAGUAACUGAUCCAGCUCAACAAGAUCCAGAUUAUUUUGAAAAAAAAGCUGCUACUUUACCUUUAGAUAAUCAUUAUUUGGAUGCUUUGGAAUUGUUAUGGAAAAACAAAGUAGGAAGUGAAAGAGAAGUAAUGAUGAAAGGAUCAGACAAUUUAAUCGGAAACAAAGGUGAUUAUGGUUUACCACAAAUUGAUGUUUCACAACCAAGAUAUGAAUACAAACAUGUAGAGGAAUUAAAAAAUGCACCAGAAUCUGUUAAGAAAAUAUUUAGCGUAGAAUAUGGAGAAAGAAAAGAUUUAACUAAAGUUUGGAAAAGAACAAUGAUAGAAUCAGUUAACAAACAUAAAUUUGAUGAUUCAUCUUUACAAUCAAAGAUAGCAUGGACAACAGCAAUGAUUCGUCAAUGGACAGCUUUAGUUGAUUCAAUGCUUGCUAAAAAUCCAAAAAAACCAACAUGGUUGACUCAUCGACUUUUAUUAAUGAUUAAUUUUAGAAGAAAACUUCUACGUCUUUUGAGGCAACAGGAUGAGGCUGGAUUUGAACAUGUAAUUAAUGAACUUAAGAUUGCUUAUCACGUUCCAAAACAACCAGAACAUGUUAAAACGAGAAAAGCGUGGUCAGAACAUCAAUUAAAAAUAAGAAUUGAAAAGGAAAAAGAAAAAAAGUUAGAUUUAUUACAUAAAAGUUUCAUGGAAAACAGAGAUGAAAAAGUAGCAAUUAUAGAGAAAAAAUUAAAUGAUCUUGAUAUUGAAGAAAAAAAUAUACACAAAAGACUUAGAGAACUUGAUAUUGUUGAUGGAAGGACAGUAGCUAAUAUAAAUGGAGUUUAUCAGGCAAAUUUAAUUGAAGAGUUAUCUGAAACUACUAUGCAUUCUAUACUAUUUGGUCAUUAUGAAAAAUAG